UAGCAAUCAAAUAGAGAAGGUUCAACCAAUCUUUACUUAUACAAUAUGUGUGUAGGGUAUUAUGAUAUUGUUACUUAUUAAUAUUUAUAUGGAAUAAACGUGUUGAAUUUUUUAAUGGAUAUAUUUCUAAAGAAGGUAAUUAAAUGAGAGAAUACCCGCCAAAAUGACGUCCGUUGUGGCGCAAGUGGACUUCGGCACCGCAGACAAAUCACAAGCUUUAUGUCGUAAUACGCCAAAAGGAAACCCCUACGCCACAGACCUGAUGCCCAUACAGGAAAUAGACGAUGUUUUAGGUAGUAAUGAAGUUUUAAUCACGCAAGUGCCAGAUGAUUCUGGAUCAAGUGUUUACGAACGCGGUCGCGAUGAGGAAUCGGAAGACGAGGAAUCGGAUUUAUAUAGCGGACGACGCGUAGAUUUACACGUAGGAGGCGAAGGUGGACUAGUUUUAUCGAUCGCGGAUUCAGAAUUCAAGGACUGUGAUACACCGCCACAUUUAAAGUCCCAUCCUGUGGAUUUGAACUCUCUUGAUUCAUCUGAUGACGAUGAUUAUGAAACAGACUUAGAAUUUGACGAGGAGCGCUGGUUGAAUCCUGAUAGAAGAGAUCACGACACGACAGGCAAGAAUAAAUAUCUUAAAGUAUGUAAAGAUAUGGGUGUGUCACCUGUUUCUUAUUUCCUUAAACAUAUACAGGAUAGAGAAAUGGUGAUGAAGUUCCAUGGCCUUGGUAAAGAUAAUACAAAGGCUAUAUGUAUUCCGUUAGAGACGAACACCCAGAUAGAAACGUUAAAUUUAUCUGGUAAUGGUAUUGAUACUGAUGGUGCUUUAUUCUUAGUGAGAGUAUUAAAAGAAAAUUUCUUUAUCACGGAUCUGAUUUUAGCUGAGAAUAGAAUCGGUUCAGCGGGAGCUAAAGCAGUCUGUGAUCUUCUGUUAUCAAAUAAAACAUUAGUUAACGUUGACCUAACAGGUAAUAGAAUAGAUGAUAAGACAGCUGUCUGUUUUCAUGAAGUAUUAUUAAAAAAUCACACUCUUAAACGACUCCAUCUCAGUUACAAUCGUUUUGAAGAAAAUGGUGCCAAAUAUUUCAAAGAAGCUUUAAUGGAGAACGAAUCUCUGGAAAUCCUUGAUUUAAGUUGGAACCAUUUUAGUACCCGUGGCGCCGUAUUAUUAGCCGAGGGGCUACAGGAAAAUGUUGGGUUGAAAUAUUUCUACAUAGCUAUGUCUGGAUUAGGUCGAGAUGGGGCCGAGGCAAUCGGAAAAGCUUUAAAAAAUAAUAGAACUCUUCUUGAACUCGACAUAAGUUACUCCAGAAUUCCGGCUGAUGGCGUGUGUCACUUAGCUUCCGGUAUUAAAGAGAAUGAUGUCUUACAAGUCUUAAAGAUGGGAUUUAACCCUUUUGAGGCAGAUGCUGCUAUGUGUAUGUUACGAGCUUUAGAGCAAAAUGAAAGUAGUGCCAUUAAUUAUUUAGACUUAUCCAACGUUCUUGUCAAAACGGAAUUUACCGAACUACUUUCAAAGAUAAGUGAAACCCGGACACUCCAGGUGAUUUUUGAUGGUGUUUUAACCGAAUGUCAACAUUCCAAAAUACCUAUUGAAGAAAUGGUUAAAUUUAGACAAGAUCCAAUAGGCGUGUUUAAAAAUUACGUCACCAGUUCUGGGCUUUCUGUAACGGAUAUCUUUACGCCAGAGGAAAGCUGUGUAUUACGUGAAGAUGAAUUUAGAAAUAUUUUAAAAAAUGUAAAUGAAUUGAAUCUUACUAAAGAACAAGUGAAAGUUUUGUGUAAAAAGUUAAGUGUGAACGGUAUAAUAGAUUUAAGUCAAUUCGAUGAACAAACAGAAGAAGAAGAUGGUUCCAUUAAAGCAUAAAACAAACAUACAGUUCAUUUAUUAUUAAAUAAAUUAAGACUUUGCAAAAAGAUUUGAAUAUACCUAUCUAUAGGACUAUUUUUGUUUGAAUAUUGGAUGGAGCAUUUUAAAAUAAAUUUUAAAAAAAACUGCUGUAUUUUAACACUGACGAAA